GUUGUCAGUGUGUUAUUUUCGUUUGUUUUAUUUUGAUUAAAGUUUUCGCCCCGGAAUGAUCCUUAAAUGCUGAAACGAUGUCUGUGUGUAAAUAUUGUGAAGAAUUAGAAAAUAAACAAGACAAACCCGGCCUUGUUUGCAAAGUUUGCCUGAAUUUCGUACAUUUGUCAUGUCUACGUCGACCCGGCACGCCUGGUGAUUUUGCCUGCGAUGUUUUCUUUGAAUUUACUUGUGAAGACUGCUCUCCGGGAAAGAAAGAAGUGUUUGAACGAAAUAAGUUUCCAUGGGUAAAUGUUAUUUUAUUGACUCUGAACCACCUUAACUGGCACUCGUACGGAAUCAGUAACCACGGCUACUUCCACUACAAGACACACAUUUGCUCGUUCAUCGAUAGAUACUGGCAUCAACUGUUUGGUGGUAAUACGAAACAAAAGAAGAACUGGGUGGGCACCAUAGCUGGUGUCUUAUCGGUAUACAACAACAUAGUGUUCCGGUCCGGGUCACUGGUGCUCGGAGAGACGGGAUGGUGGAAACUGAUGCACAACUUCUCGCCUGCAGUGGCUGCACAUAUUGUGCAAGAACUACCAAAGGACAAGCCCAAAGGCCGCCCCCGUAGUCAGAUGUCAAUGGACAUGGUGCAUUUCGUCGCGAAAGUCACGGAAAUGGGUUACAAGGACCUAAUAAACAAUGACGGCAUGGACAGCAUACCGUCAGAGACCGCCAAGAAGAGGAAACUGGACUACGAGGGCACUUCCAGCAUGUCCAACACUUCGCACUGUGAGCUGAUGGAUUCUGAUAGCAGGAACGAGAUCGGCGAUGAAUGCAGUUAUGAUGAAAUGGACUACAAGGAGGCUAGUUUCAGAGGAUUCGACUACGCUUCCACCAGCCAGAUGGCGCCACUGCUCAGCGACUCGUCAAGCAUCCACUCGUUACCACAGCUACCUUACUACGAUUCAGACUCCCGAAGCCGGUCGCCGACCUUCCCACCGUCCGACCAGACCGACCAACGGACGGACUUGGUCGGAUUGGUACGUGACAUCAAACCGAAGAAAAAUGCGGAGGAAAACGCGUAUGUGAAGAGGGAAUCGCUGUUUUCGAGCGAGUUGAAUUCGGUCGAUAUACCGUGGUUUGAAAAGGUCCCAGACAAGCGCGAGGAUCUGGUGGAGCUGAGCCAGUACGAGGAGGUGCAGCUGCUGAAGCGGGCGGCGGCGCUGGCGGCGCGGGCCGGCGCGGCGCGCGCGCACGAGCUGCGGCGGCUGCGCGCGCGCCUCGCGCUGCGCCGCGCCCAGCGGCACAGGCAUCUGCCCGUCUUCGAUCUGGACAAAAUUGUCAAAGUGCUAGGGGGUUACGUGGCCGAAGACCCUAGGCUGGUCACCAGUUCGGAUCGCGUCCUAGACAGGUUCCAGAGAUCGUACCACCUCGACAACCUCUGUGGUACCAUCGCCAGUACCACUUACAACACGAUACUGACAUCCAAAUUCGAACCCACGCCAUUCCGGUCCGCGUACUCGGGGACUCUGCUCAGGCCGUACAUCAGAAGAGAUGCGGAGACCACUCCGCUGUGGUUGAAACUCACAAAUGAACUACUAAAGAAGGCUAACAAGAAAGUACCUGGAUACUCCCCUCCGCCGCGCGCCACACUGGACUACUCGUACGUGCGGCCGCAACACAUCGCCGCGGUCAACGACCUCUGCGCCACACACUUCUGGCCCGGGAUAGAUUUGACCGAAGCACUCCAGUACCCAGAGUUCAGCUGCGUGGUCACAUACAAGCGGCUGGUGGUGGGCUGUGCGUUCCUGGUUCCCGACGCGAAUCACAACGAGGCUUACAUAUCCUUCAUCCUCACGAGACCGGAGUGGAGGAAAGCCAAGAUCGCUUCGUUCAUGCUGUACCAUCUGCUGCAGACAUGUUCAGGCAAGGAUGUGACUCUUCACGUCUCUCCCACCAAUCCGGCCAUAUUUCUGUAUCAGAAAUUUGGCUUCAAGGUGGAAGAGCUCAUCCAAGAUUUCUACGAGAAGUAUUACGAUAUAGAAUACAAGGGAUGCCGGCACGCACUAUUUCUAAGACUCGUCAGAUAAUAAACAAUGAUAAAGA